GAAAGAAAGAGAUAGAACGGAAGCGGAUAUGAGGACCGAUAUGUCGAAGACCUCAUUCUACCACGUGCAGAGGUACAGUCAACAUGAAGCGUCCCAAGCUGAAGAAGGCGAGUAAGAGGGUCUCCUGUUCCCAACGUUACAAGAUCCAGAAGAAGGUUCGAGAACAUCACAGAAAACUCAAAAAAGAGGCUGGCAAGAAAGGAGUGGGGAAAAGAGCGAAGAAGGAUCUUGGCGUCCCCAAUAUUGCACCUUUCAAAGAGGAGGUUCUCAGAGAAGCAGAACAGAGGAAGCUGAAGGUUGAAGAAGAAAAAGAGAAAAGGAAGAAAGAAAAAAUAGAUGAGCGAGCCAAGAGGAAAAAGGAGAGGGAUGCGCCGCGUUCAGAAAGCGAGAAUCCAAAGGCCAAGAAGGCUCGAAUGGACACGGAUGAAAAGGAAGUGUCAAAGAAGAGUGCCAUCAAGACAUAUACAAAGCAGUUUCUUUGUAGUGAAAUAAACACGGUAAUUGAUCAAUCUGAUGUCAUAUUAGAAGUGUUGGAUGCCAGAGAUCCACUGGGCUACCGGUGUCCACAGCUGGAGGAAGCGGUUCUGACGAGGCCUGGCAACAAGAAGCUGCUGCUUGUCCUGACCAAAAUAGAUUUGGUGCCUCAGGAAAAUGUCGAGAAGUGGAUCCAGUGUCUUGAGAAGGAGUUUCCAGUUGUGGCGUUCAAGGCGUCUACACAGCUCGUGGACAAAACCGUGCAAGAGAAGAAGCGGAGAUUUCCUGAUUCGCUUGACAAAUCCCGAGCUUCCCUGUGUUUCGGUAAUGCUUGUCUCUUCGCCCUGCUGGAGAGCUACCAGGCCACCUCCAAACCCGAAGGGACACUCAAAGUAGGCGUAGUCGGCUUCCCUAACGUUGGAAAGAGCAGUCUCGUCAACACGAUGAAGGGGAUACGAGCGUGCAACGCUGGGGUAAAGAGGGGCAUCACAAAGACCAUGCAGGACGUGUUUAUCCAGAAGAAUCUAAAGUUGUACGACAGCCCGGGCAUCGUGGCGUCCCCGUCCAACCCACCGGCCUCCAUGGCCCUGCGGAGCCUUCAGGUGGAGGAGGGAGAGGAGAAGGCUCUGGAGGCCGUGAGGACGCUGCUGAAGCAGUGCGACAAGGUCCAGGUAAUGCUCCAGUACAACAUACCAGACUACAGAAACUCUUUGGAAUUUAUAACGUUAUUGGCAAAGAAACGUGGCUAUCUGAUGAAGGGUGGAGUUGCUAACAUGGAGCAAUCGGCGAACACUUUCCUGGAUGAUUGGACAGGGGCCAAGCUGAGUUAUCACUGCAGGGUAGAGGGCCUCAGCCUGCCCCCCUACCUCUCUGAGACCGUGGUUACCGAGAACAAGAAGGGCCUGAAUCUCCUCAAACUCCAAACAGGAAACGAGGCAACUCUUCAAGGUGUUAAAUAUCCCAACAAGGCCAGUAGCAUAAGCCUGAUCUCUAAAGGCCCCACAGCCGGUCUGUUGAGUCCCACAAACGUCGUCCAGAAGCCGGUGCCAAAACCGAGGGAAGAGGUGAAAGAGCUGGAGGUGCUCAACAGAGAAUCUGGACCAGUGGAAGAUACCAAGGAUGUACAGAAAACUGCUAACAAAAAUAAAAACAACAAAGUCCAAUUCCAGUCAGUUCCAGUUGGUACCAGCCCAAACAACGACACCUAUGACUUUAACACCGAUUUCAAAUGAGCACCAGUUUUGGUUUCCUUUUGAACCCAAGAUCGCCCACCUCUUUACUUGCAUACAAUCUAAUGGAUACUGUUCAUGGAGUAUGUCCUGUGAUAAACGUUUUGAGUUGAUUUAUAAACUUCCUUCAGAUUGUGUAUAUAGCCUACAUUUAAUAAACACUUAAUGGAU